AUGAUAGAGUUGCCUUAUGGGCUUUGGGAGCUGAUACACAAUGCUGUCUUUGUGGGGAGGAAGAUGAGAGUCGUGAUCACUUAUUCUUCUCAAAAGACCGUUGCUGCUAAUUAUGUCGCAAUGAUUCCAAAUGGACAAAUAUUUGACAGCUCUCUAGGGAAAGGUCAACCAUAUAUAUUCCGCGUCGGCUCUGGCCAAGUUAUCAAAGAGCUUGAUGAAGGGAUCUUGACUAUGAAGACCGGAGGAAAGCGCCGACUCUACAUCCGAGGAUCAUUGGCGUUUCCAAAAGGUCUAACUUCAGCUCCGGGAAGGCCUAGAGUGGCUCCAAACAGCCCUGUUGUCUUCGACGUUAGCUUGGAAUACAUUCCUGGUCUCGAGCUUGAUGAAGAAUGAGGAGUCUUAUCGCAUCAACAAACAUACAAGAUCAGGAAAUCGUAACUAAUUUCUUCCCACCUUGUGAUGGCGUGACUUUCGUCAAUUCGUUGAUUCCAUUUUUUU